GCGCAGACGACGAUCUCAACGCGGAUCUUCAACAUCCUUGAUAUGCCUGCCGGUGUUGUCACCGUGACAUCAGUCCAAGAGACCGAUUUGAAGGAGCCUUAUGAGACGGGUAUUGAGAACCCGCGAAUCAGCAGAAUGGUCACCCGGGCUGCGGAAGAUUCGCUUGGACUUCCAGUGGCCUUGCAGCUCACAGCGCUGCCUUGGAGGGAAGAGCUUUGUCUUCGCGUGAUGACAGAGCUGGAACGAGCUCUACCGCCUCCAGGCGCUCACCACGCGCUUGCGCCAGAGCCCAGGAGGAGCCCGACUCUCGGAGCCGCACCCGUGCCGCUACAAGCAAGGCUUUGA